AUGGACUACAAUGAGUUGCAGUAUGGCAAGCCGCCUAGAUGGUGGAACCACUGGAGACUACAGUUCAAAAAUAAUCGCUUUGGGACCUUUGUUAAGCAAUUGGUGCUUUUUAUUUUGGGGAUCUACGCGCUUUCGGCCAUUUGGACGGCGUCUUCCUCAGUUACUGCGUCCACAGCCUCGUUGUACAACAGCGACACGUCAAACCCCUCAGAUUUCAAAUCAUUUGGUAAAGAUCUGCAGGCCAGAUUCAACCAUCUUCCGGUGAGCUCAACGGGUCUUCGUGAGCGGCUGGUGUACUAUCAUCCAUACAUGCCAGAAAGGCCUAUUAGCGAUAAGGUCUGGCAGACUUGGAAGGUUGGAAUGGACAAUGUCAAGUUUCCUUCCAAGUUCAAAUCGUUUUCGGAGUCCUGGACUACCGUUAACCCGACUUAUAAUCACAUGAUUGUUCCAGAUGACGCGGUUCCUGAUAUGAUUGCACAGAUGUAUGCCACCACUCCCGAGAUAAGCAAGACGUUCCAUCUGUUGCCUAGUCCUAUCAUGAAGGCGGAUUUUUUCCGAUACUUGGUGCUCUUUGCACGCGGCGGUGUAUAUUCUGAUAUGGAUACUGUGGCAUUGAAACCGAUCAGCGAAUGGCCUCUUUUCAACGCUUCUCUGCUUGGAGUGGACUCGUCGCAAGUUGAUGUUACUCGGAGAUUGACUCCGAUUGGCCUCGCUGUGGGUAUAGAGGCCGAUCCUGACAGACCAGAUUGGUCUGAUUGGUAUGCUCGCAGACUGCAGUUCUGUCAAUGGACGUUACAGGCCAAAAAGGGUCACCCCAUGCUGCGAGAACUGAUCAUACGUAUUGUCGAGACAACGGCACGGAGGCUCGCUGAGGGAACUCUUCAAAAAGUGGAAGGAAAGGACAAAGGUGGUGACGUGAUGAACUGGACAGGUCCAGCUGUCUUUACAGACACGUUAUUUGAUUAUGUGAACAACGUUGUGUCCGAGGGUAGGACCCGUGAUGGAACAGGUAUUGGUUCUACCUACCAUAACGAGCACAAGUUAUACGAGCGCGAGAAACUCAAGGAAGCCGCUACGGUUUCCUCUUCAAAGGAUAGAAUGGUCACAUGGCAAUCUUUUACGGGUUUGGAAGAGCCCAAAGCCAUUGAUGAUGUGUUGGUGAUGCCAAUAACAUGUUUCAGCCCUGGUGUAGGUCAGAUGGGCUCCCAGCGGGAGACUCACUGGUUGGCCCUAGUGAAGCACAUGUUUGAGGGCUCUUGGAAGCCGGAGAAAGAACGAAGAAUAGGAAAGAAAGGCAAAUAG